CGACCGCCCACCAGGUCCACUCUCUCACUGUCACAUAUUCCCCUGCCCACCCGGAGUCACUCGCCCACCCGGAGUCACUCGCCCACCCGGAGUCACUCGCCCACCCGGAGUCACUCGCCCACCCGGAGCCACACGACCACCCGGAGCCACCCGACCACCCGGAGCCACUCGCCCUCCCCGAAUCACUCGCCCACCCGGAGCCACUCGCCCACCCGGAGCCACUCGCUCACACGGAGCCACUCGUCCAGUCGGCAAUCUGCACACAGGCUUCGACGCCUGUCAACUCCCUCGCCCCUCACUCGGCGUUCUGAAUCUACGCAGCGUCGCACACCAAGUUCUACAACAACUCGACAGCUUACACCCGGCCCAGAUGGUUCCCCAGCUCCACACUCCGCCACCACGCAAUGUCCCACACCCAUUGCAGCAACGCAACAAGCUUCUUCUAGAGGACAUUCGUCCACAUCGCAACACCCCGCAGUGGGCAGGCCCGGCACGCCGGCGCGAGGCCUGGCGUCGCCGAGCUCGGCGCCGAGCCGCCGCCCGCGCACCCCCGCAGUGCGGCCGUCGCGCCUGUCGCAGGCGGACAUCGCCUCGCUGCCCACUCGGCUCUCACCCACUCACGUGGGGCGUUCCUCGACACAUCCUAGGGUUUCACUUACGACUAAUCGGCAAAACUCGUCUCAACAAGAAUGUAUGUCUAAUAACCAGAACCGUACAACACAUAACGAUGCUAGGAAUACCGAUCUCAACUUGCCGCGGCCUAAUAUCUCUGCACUUCCCAAUGUAUCAAAUACAGCGCGGGAGCUUUCGCCCACUCAAGAGGAUCCACCGCCCAAUUAUCGGGAUAUUUCGCCAAGUCUGUUUGAAUUUUCAGUGACACACUCAUCUUCAAGAUCAGUGUCGAGAUCUUUGGAUUCUCCCGUGUCCCCUCACGCGGCUGAGCCCCUGGACCCGCACACCCGCACGGACGUGAUGCGCCAGCACGUGUCCACGAUGCGGCGCCAGUACCGGGAGCUGCGGGUGCUCGCUCGCUCCUAUCGAAUGCUGAAGCGACAACAGAUACACGCUCAUGACGAGCCACACUCGUAUUUGCCACCGGCGCAUCAACAAUCGAUUUUGCCAAGCUCACAAUGUAGGGCUCCAGAAAAUUACUCAAUUCUAGCAGACUUUCCUAGCAACCUUAUGGAAGGUCAAUUGCCCCCGACAGAAGCUCCUGUUAUGGAAGUAGACCCUGAUUCAGCAUCUGUAGAUCCUCCUUUAUUGGCGACGAAUAUGAAUGGUUUGUCAUAUCAGCCGCAACAAAUACCUUUGGAUCCUGCCAGUGCGCCUUCCAUUGCACCUCCCACUGCUUUUCCCACUGCGCGUCCCACUGCGUUUCCCACUGCGCCUCCUUCUGUGCGUCCACCUCCGCCGCCCCCUCCGCCUCCUCCUCCGCCUCCCCCUGCGCCUCCCGCUGUGCCACAAACGUCAGGAGACCGUCCGCCAGGACAACAGCCCACAACCUCAAGCCAGCCGCCUGGUAAAGACGCGCCCACGCAGCCACCCGCCGCCUCCGCCUCCGCACCGACAGAGAAUCGCCUCAUUCGGAUGGAGCCGGUUGCUUGUCUGAUAGACGCAAACGCUUUGUAUUUAGACUCACAAUUAUUUGCAACGGACGGAAUUCCUGUGAUAGAUGCAGAAUCAUUAUUCCCGUCAAUUACACCAGAGGAGCUUCACUCUUUCUUAAGUCGGUCUUUAGCAAGCGAUCCACAUCAUUUGCCGUUAGACUUCUACCUCAUGCAGCCCCCGCCGUCUAGCGAACAACGACCGUCGUACCCGCCGUCUGUACACGUUCGGGUCCCAGAACUUGACCUCCCACCGCGAUACGACGAGCUUCCUCCGCAGUACACCGAACAUCCGCCUCAGCCUGCUCCGCCUCCUCAGCAGUCCACACCCCAACCCCGGCAACCCAUACGUCCGAACCAGCCAAACCCGUCUAGGCCGCCGGUGCCGGCCCAAAAUCGAGCAGCCGCGCCACCACAACCAGUUCCACGAAUGCAAAACUAUUCCAGCCGACCGCGCAUGCCUUCAUAUCAGCAGGCUAUGCAACAAAGUCAGUCUCAAACUCAACAUGCUGUACCAAGGGGUCAGGAUCCUACACUUCAAGCUGAAGGCCAACACUUGUUAUCACAAGGCCAACAACUAUUGUCACAAGGCCAGCGGCAGGGCCAAGAUCCCGUAUCACGAGGGCAACAAAAUUUCCCACUAAGUCAGCAAUUCAUGCCACAAGGUCAGCAGCCUAUCCCACGACGUCAGCAACCCAUAACACAAGGUUCACAACCCAUGCCGCAAGGACAGCAUCCUAUGACACAACGGCAGCUCCCACAGCCGCAAGGGCGUCAAGCCAUGCAGCAGGGUUGUCAACCCAUGCAGCAAGCUUGUCAACCCAUGCAGCAAGGACAGCAUCCUAUGACACAAGGGCAGCUCCCACUACCGCAAGGGCGUCAAUCCAUGCAGCAGGGUUGUCAAGCCAUGCAGCAAGCUUGUCAAGCCAUGCAGCAAGAGCAGCAUCCUGUCCCUCAACAUCAGGUUCCCCUGUGGCAAGGGCAGCAAACCAUGCGGCAAAACCAAUAUCCUAGCUCAUCAGGGCAGAUACCCCUUUCGCAAGUGCAUCACUCGGUAUCUCAAAGUCAGCAACCCAUGCCGCAAGGACAGCAUUCUGUUCCACCUUAUCAGCCAUCCAUGUCGCAAAGGCAGCAUACGGCUCCACAAGGUCUUCCAGCCUUCUCACAGGGCCAGGAUCCUAUCUCACAAUCUCUUCCUUUUAUGCAACAAGUACAGUGUGCUAGGCCGCAAAGCCAACAUCCUAUGUCACAAGCGCUACAUCCUUUUUCACACGAGCAGCAGUACAUGUCGCAAAGGCAGCCACCCAUACAGCAAAGCCAGCAACAAUAUCAGCAGGCAAUGUCGCAAAGCUUGCACCGCCACGGAGCGGCGCAGCAGACGUGCUGGCACGACGCGGCGGCGCUGCGGCGCGUGGCGGGCGCGCGGCGGCGGCAGUUCGUGCGGCUGCUGCGGCGGUUCCGCGCGGAGCUGCUGUCGCUGCGGUCGCGCGGCACGGCGGCGCUGCGCGCGCACUACGUGCCGUUCGACGCGCACUUCAUGCCGACGCUGCGGCGCUUCACGGCGCUGCUGCAGCAGUUCCGCGCCGCGCCGCCGCCGCGCGACAUGCGGCGCCCGCGCGGCACCCGCGAGCGCUACGUCAGCUUCGACGCGCUCGAGUCCUGCAUACUCGACAACAUCGACGACUUCCUGCGAGAGUACGAGGCCGGGGCCGAAGUGCCCAUCUAACACGUUCCUCUUUCAUCGACAUCGAUUAUUUUUUGCUUUAAAAACACAACUUUCUUUUUUUUUUAAUAUUUACUGCAAAUUAUUUUAUUUUUAAUGCAAUGCUUACAACGAUAAACAGAAGUUAUUCUAUAUCGUAUCGACACAGGUUAGGUAUACGCCUAGCCCUCGCGUUGCCAAACUGAAUGACGCGUGCCUUUAUCCUGGCAUUGAAUUUACGAAACAUUUACCCAAGGUAUUGUUAUUAAUCAACCAUUUCAAACAUGUAUCUCAAUUUAUAUUUUAUCAUUCGAUAUUGUAAACGUAGUGUAGCUCUAUGAUAAUAAGCGUAUUUUUCAAUGUUAAGUAAUCCUUUAGUUAAGUAAACAAUGUAACUUUCUGUCGACUAAUGAUAUGUUAUCUAUAUUAAAAUAACUGUAGCCUUAUGUAAUACAUGGACAUCUCAAUUGAAA